AGAUCCCAGGUCUUUCGAACCUGAGUCCAGAGGGAGUCUCGUUGCGACAGUUCUGUCUCUGUGUGUUCCGGGGAAAGUGUGUGUGUGUGUGUGAGCUCCAGCACUGCUGAUCCAUCACCUGUGUGUCUGGAUAACCCUCUGAAUGGACUUUGUGCCCUUUUUUCUGAAGCGUUUACCUCGGACUAUAGGAGCUAGCUUAGCAUGCUAGCUGGAAACACCAGAGCAACACGAGUCAGAGUGAGAGUUUGAUGGAGAGGAACAGUGCGUUUAACGGAGUGUGCAGGGAAAGGUGAUUUAGUCAACAUGAGUACAGUCCAAAUGCUGCUCGCGUUGAAGAAGCAGCAACUCACUGCUUCUGCUGAAGAGAUGUUUGCUCUGUUUGAAAAAACGAUAGCAGAGUACGAGGAGGAACUGUGUCGUUCAGAAGAGAAGAACGACAGACUCCAGAAACUACUGGACUCUGUUUUGCAGCCCCAGCUUCGGAUUCACACAGCAGACGUCCAGCAGCUGGUGGUGGUUACAGAAGAGGUUCUCCCUGAACAGCAGGAGUGGAGCUCCAAUCUGGACCAGGGAGUCCCAGAGUCCCCCCCACACAUUAAACAGGAACAGGAGGAACUCUGGAGCAGUCAGAAGGGGGAGGAGCUUCAAGAGCUGGAGGAGGCUGAUAUCACCAAGUCUACAUUCACUCCUGUCCCUGUGAAGAGUGAAGAUGAUGAAGAGAAACCUCAGUCCUUACAGCUUCAUCAAAGACAGGCUGAACACAUGGAAACAGGAACUGAUGGAGAGGACUGUCGGGGACCAGAACCAGCCAGGAACUCGGAUCCAGAGAGCCGUUUACAACCAAAGACUGAGGACAACAGUCAAAACUGUUCUGAACCAGAGACUGAAGACUCUUCUGAACCAGAGACUGAAGACUCUUCUGAACCAGAGACUGAAGACUCUUCUGAACAAGACACUGAAGACUCUUCUGAACAAGACACUGAAGACUCUUCUGAAGCAGAGGCUGAAGUCAGAGCUGAUUGGAAGGAGACCACAGAACAUCCAUCAGUCUCAAACUUACUGAAAAAUAGACCACAAUCUGUCAGUGAUUCACAACAUAGUGCUGGAAAGAAACUAUUUGAGUGCUCUGUGUGUAAGAAAUCUUUUACACAGAAUGGAAGUUUAAAGACACACAUGAUAAUCCACACAGGAGAGAAACCAUAUAGCUGCUCAGUUUGUAACAAAUCUUUUGCACAGAAUGGAAGUUUAAAAAGACACAUGAGAAACCACACAGGUGAGAAACCAUAUAGUUGCUCAGUUUGUAAGAAAUGUUUUUCAGAGAGUGGAAGUUUAAGGAAACACAUGAGAAUCCACACAGGAGAGAAACCAUAUAGCUGCUCAGUUUGUAAGAAAUCUUUUACACGGAGUGGACAUUUAAAGAAACACAUGAGAACACACAUGAGAUAAACCAUUCAGCUGCUCAGUUUGUGACAAAAGAUUGACAUGGCUUAGUGUUUUGAAAAGUUACAAUUGUGUUGGUCUUCAACCCUCACUGCUUCAAUCUCAAUGAAAGUCAAAAUGAGCAAUGUAUUGUUCUUUAUUUCUAAAUGUUUUGUAUCACUGCCAUCCUGUUAAUAAAGUGUUUUAAAUAAA